CAAUCUCGGAAAUGAGAAAAAGCAUGGAGUCCUUCGGAAGCUGACGACCUUACGUAAACCUUUUAAAAACACGACAGUUUUUAAUUCCGAAGACAAACAGUACUCGAGAAAGGAUUUUACUCAAAAAAGUGUUUUUGAUCUACCAUGUCCGGCAUUGUUGACCACUCUCGCUACCCAAUGUCGAAAUCUCCCCACACACCUCCACGCCAACUAGGCAAUGGCCAUGGUCACACCGCCUCCCCUCUCAAAAUAUUUGGACAUGCCAAGAACAAAGUCAAUGAGAUCUUCAAGACUAUUACAAGCUAUAUCAGCGAAUCUGAUGCUUUUCUUACUGGCAUACCAGAAGGAGACAACAUUGUUACCCGUGAACAGCUAGAAGAAGUGAAAGCCUUCAAGGGGAAAGUGGCUGGUAUUGGAGAGGUCCUGUCCAGGGACCAUAUGAAGGUGGUCUUUUUUGGAAGGACCUCAAAUGGUAAAAGCACAGUGAUCAAUGCCAUGUUGAAGACCAAGCUGCUACCCAGUGGUAUAGGACACACCACAAACUGCUUUGUACAGGUGGAGGGUUCAGACACACAUGAAGGAUACCUGCUCACAGAGGACUCAGAUGAACAGAAAAGUAUACAUUCUGUCCGUGAGCUGGCCCAUGCCCUGAGUGGAGUGAAGCUAGACAGCAGUGCCUUGAUCAAAAUCAAGUGGCCCAAGGAGAAGUGUGUCUUGCUCAGAGAUGAUGUGGUGCUGGUGGACAGCCCUGGUGUAGAUGUUUCGGGAGACACAGAUGCCUGGAUAGAUAAAUUCUGUCUGGAUGCUGAUGUCUUUGUACUAGUUGCCAAUGCCGAGUCCACUUUGAUGCAAACUGAGAAGAAUUUCUUUCUGAGAGUGAGUGAUAAACUAUCCAAGCCCAACAUCUUUAUCCUGAACAACAGAUGGGAUGCCUCCGCCAGUGAGCCCGAGAUGAUGGAGGAGGUCCGUAAGCAGCAUUUAGACAGGAACAUAGCCUUCCUGGUGGAUGAGCUGAAGGUGGUGAACAGACAGGAGGCCGAGAACAGGGUGUUCUUCAUAUCUGCCAGGGAAGCUUUAACAUCCAGGUCACAGGGACAGCCUGGCACCCCUAGCCCACAUGCAGUCCUACAGGAAGGGUACCAGGCUAGGCUGUUUGAAUUUGCUAACUUUGAGAGAACAUUUGAGGAAUGCCUGUGUAAGUCUGCAGUGAAGACCAAGUUUGAGCAGCACGCCCAGAGAGGAAAGACCCUGUCCAGUCAGCUCAGGACCAUCAUGGAGGCUGUACACGAGCAAUCGCUUCAAGCAAAAAAUCGCAGUAUAACGCAGCGAGGCGAGACAAGCAGUAGGUUACAGUUUGUGUCUACGCAGCUGGACAAGUUGUCCAGUGAAAUAAAAGACCAGAUCAAGCUCAUGGUGGAGGAUGUGGAAAAUAAAGUUGCAAAAGCCCUGAACGAAGAGAUCCGCCGUCUCUCCAGUCUGGUAGAUGAGUUUGACCGACCUUUCCACCCAGACCAAAAUCUGUUAGCUGUAUAUAAAAAGGAACUGCAUGCUCACGUGGAGCAAAGUUUAGGGCGUAACUUACAAGCCAAGUGUUCGGAGGCGUUGUUGCGUGCUGUUGACUGCACAGAGCGCGACAUGACAGAUCGUAUCUCUCACCUGUUACCUGAGGAGUCCAAGCUACAGCUGCUGAACUCUUUACCCAGGAGAGACUUUGAAAUCGCAUACCGCCUGGACUGCCGUAAUCUCUGCGCAGACUUCAGGGAAGACAUCGAGUUCCACUUUUCUCUUGGAAUUUCCUCGUUAGUCAAGAGGUUCCUGGGUCCAAAGUGUGCUUCUAGGGCGCUGAGGGGGUACAGCAAUCAGAUUCCUCCCCCACUGACCCCAAUGACCCCCAUGGAGCCGGAGAGCUACCCUGUGAGACAGAAGAAUGAACUCAUGAUGGCGUUACUGACCAAUUUCUCAUCUCUGGCCUCUAGGUCAACAGUUGGUGCUGUCGUUGUUGUGGGAAUUGCAUUCAGAGCAGUUGGCUGGCAGGUGGUUGGUGUGGGCCUGGCUCUAUAUGGGGGAGUGUACCUGUACGAGAGGCUCGCCUGGACAAACAAAGCCAAAGAAAGGACGUUCAAGAGGCAGUACGUGGACUACGCCUCCAACAAACUCAAACUGAUAGUGGACCUGACAAGUGCCAACUGUAGCCAUCAAGUCCAACAGGAGUUGAGCUCCACAUUCUCCAGACUGUGUUCUCACGUUGACCACACCAAGGCAGACCUGGAGGAGGCCAUCGCAAGCUACAACAGGGAGGCAGUGAAGUAUGAGGAGUUUGGAAAUAAGGCAAAAUUACUUAGAAAUAAAGCUGGAUACAUUGACACAGAACUGAACAGUUUCAUCAAACAAUACCUGAAACAUGAUGUAUAACAUCAGUCCCAUAGCGCCAUCUACAGUGCUGUGUAUAGAUAACAGAGUGAAUGGGCUUCACCACCUGGUGUUUUUUUAGCCAUUGUGUGUGCAUGAAGAUCUUAACAGGAAAUUGCUUUAACAUUUGUAUGCUGAAGUGAACAGUCAUGUCCAACAUCAUCUGUCACAUGGUGUACAUCUCCAGAAUGCCUGUAUUUUAUCUGACAUAUUGUGAAUUAAAGAUGUACAGCAACCUUGCACAUAUUCAAGUGGAAUGUAUCUCUAGGGUUAAGUUUUACAGAGGCUUAUUGGCUUAAUGUGGGAUGUGACAUUUAUUUGGCUUACUAGAGAGAGGAACAUUGCCAAUAUCAAGUACAACGGGCUCUUUUGUUUCCAUCUUACUUGUGGAUAAAGUUCUGGUGAAGGAUAUUUUAUGUGAUGGUUUCAUGACGUGAGUGCUGCACUGCCAUCUUGUGUACCCAGUGAACAUGGCCUUUGACCUACUUUCAACCAUGAAUUGCUUUCUUGCAAAUUUGCAAUUUUCUUGCCCUUAUUUCUUUUAGAGGUAUCAGGUACGGAUAGUUUUUUCAAGAAACAUUUCACUGUAGGAAGUAGGUCAAAGGUCGAAUUCAAGGUCACAUUUAGAUGAGCAUGACUCUGUACUUAUCACAUAAUUAACAAGAAUAACAAAUACGUGUACCUGUUUAUGCUGGGAACAUUUUAUUUAUUUUAAAAUCUUGUCAUGCAUAAUUUGUUGAGGCACUAUAAUAUGUGAAUUAAAUUGUGCUUUUAACGAAACUUUGUUAACUAAAGGUGCUUAAUACUUAUUUAUUGUACAUAUAUAGGCACCUUCUUGUGGGGUAUUGUAACUGACGUGAAAUAAAUCUUGCAAAGUUUUCUAGGAGUUAGUGUAUAGUAUGAACAACUGCUUAAAAAUAUCAACAUGGACAAUUUGAUUUUAUUUCUUGACAAAACCAUUUGGUAAAACUUGUCAGCCAUGCUAAGAAGCACAAAGUAGAGCUUGGAGGAUUGGAGGAAGUUUUGUUCCCAUUGGAUUGAAUGUAAAAUUUUGUUUUGUACAAUUUUCAUGCAAAGAAAUAUACUGCAGUCAGUUUUAGUAUUGAUAAUUCUGAAGUGAAUAUUGCUCUUCAAAGAUGGCUUUUUCUAUAAAUUGUCUAGGCAUACUGAGUACAUAUGUGAAUUUUUAAUAUUAUUAUUAUUAUUCUCAUUACAUCUCAUUAAAUAUUGAAGUUAUGAAUGGCCACAUAUAAUUGUGACCAUUAAAAAAUUAUGACUGUAAUUUGGUGUCCCUGCUCUAGGUACCCCCCCCCCC